CCUCGCUGAACUCUGCAUACGGCAAUCUGCGUACGGCCCUCUGUCCAAGAUCGAGUAUGCCGCUCCACACGGCGAGAGAAAGCCAUUGGCCCAGUGGGUUUCCUCGCCCGCAGCUCGGGUUGUUUUCUGCGCUGCUGGUCCAGCGACCGCCUGGGCGUCCGGCAAUGCAUCUCGCCGUCCGGCACUGCAUCCCGACGGCCGGCCCUCUUUGCCCAUUGCAAGUCGCAUCGCCUGAGGGUCUGGAGCUGGGCUCGCUCGCCCUUGUCGCCUGUUGUCCAGAAUGCUCCUUCGUGCAAGGAUCAGAGGAUCAUUCUCCGAUGGCCCUUCCCAUCUUGACCUCGAUCCCGGAGCACCCCAGACCAUGCCAGAACCAGACUUCUCCAAGCGGCCAACACGGCUGCAGCACCCGACUGCUCGGCAAGACCUGAAAGUCCUCGGGCCGCCUCCUGCUUCAGCACCGCUCCCAACGAUCACACAGCCAGAGCCUGACGCAGUCGAAGACUCCUCUCGUCUCACCGCCAGUACACUCUUGCGAGUUCUAUCGGCGCAUCCGCCUCACCAACCGGAUGAUUUUCCGGAGCGAUCCCAAGCUCGGACCGCCGAUGUCGGUGCCAGCGACCUCAACAAUGACACCUCCAGUCUUUCUUACCGAUAUGGCCACGAUGCUUGCAACGGCAGUAGCAUGAGCAGCAGCAACAUUCGUUUCUCCGAGCACUGUCAAAGUUAUGCGAGUCUGAACGGCAGUCGUCCGGCGCCCGAGCCGGCUCUUCCAUCGUCGCUUGGGCGGCCGAAGGAUUCCGAUUCUGAAUCCGCGGACAUUGCCAUCCCUGGCUUUGAGGUUUGUGAGCCCCGGACCCGGAGUGGCCGGCGGGCAGCGAGUCUGCCCAUUGGAUCGGAGAUCGAGGAUAGCUCGGAUGCCGCUUAUGAGCACCGGCAUCGCAAGCCUGAGUGGAUAGAGCGAAGGACAAAGAACCGAGAAAAAGAGCUUCUGCAGCACCAUCUCUAUCGGCAGAAGCUGGAACUCGAGCGACAGAGGAGCAGCCUCAUCAAUUCGCAAUUCCACAACAGCGGCACCCAGUCCGGAGCUGCUCACAGCCAUGCACCGUCUCUCGUUCACGAAGUGCCGACGACUCUCUCGGAUGCCCUUGUCGAGCCCGAGCAGCCGUCGGGUGGGACCGACUCCAAACACCCUUCGCAUCGGCACUGGGAAACGUACUGUAGCGAGAUUCGCCAGAGGGUCCAGACAAUCAUCGAGUCCAAGCAUCUCGUUGGCUACUACAUCGGCAACGGGGGUCAUCUCCCGCGACGGUCAUCUCGAGCAGCGUCGAUAUCAACAUCGACUCCGGGGCAGGCCUCGUCACCAGCGACCACAUCGGGACAAGCAAAUCCAUCGGGUGCGCUUGCAGUGCCGCGAAGUAACAAAAAGGGCCUGCGGGAUAGAUCUCGAGGCGGAUCGAGGCCCGAGACCCUGGCCUCGAAGCGAGCAAAGUCGAGCGACGGCCAAGCCGGCAGAAGGUCUUGUGCAUCUGGCUCAUCGGGUGGGCCAUCAUCCACAGCAGACAAGACAUCAGCGCCUCUGCGCCGAAGCAAGCGCAUCAAGUUCAUCUUGCACUGGCACAUGCCGCUGCCACAGAGGCAGGACUUUGAUGAUAUUAUGCGAGCCUUUGUGAAUGCCAAUCCAUCGGAAGCAUCCUGUGACAAGCCGCUCCUGUUGCCGCCGCCUGUUGGCGCACCAUAAUAUGCUCUUGUAUCAGUAGAUCCAUAAAGAAACGGGGGCAGUUCCCCUUUCUGGGUUCAGAUAUCUGAAGCCCGCUGACC